AUGUAUGACCAAUCCCAGUCGACGUCGCGCGACGACGCAGGUUACCGGCGAGAUGACCGGGAACACUACAAGACGCGGAAGGGUAAACCAGCGAACCCGGCUUUGCAUACCGAGCACUCUUACUCGAGCCCGCGCAGAAGUCCUCGUCGCGACGACCAGUUCUCGCGACGUGGGCGACAACCCAACCGACGCGACUUUGACGAGCCUGGCCACCGGAGAGCGAGGAGUAGCGAUCGCACGCAACCGGAUCCCUCCUUUUAUGAUGACGACCCUCGGUACGACGACCAAGACCAAGAGCGUCAUGGUAACCGUCGAGGCGGCUUUGGGAGAUCGUACCGUUCGCGGGAUCCGGACCACUAUGGAGAGGAACGAUACGGUUACCGGUCGCGCGGGGACAGUCAAGAUCGCCGCCCCAGGUCGAGGUCUCCUCUGCGAUCAGAAACGCUCAUCCUGGAAGGGCUGCCCGAUGAUGUGACAGAGAAAGACAUUCUUCAAGGCAUCGAGAUUAUUGCAAACUAUCCCGAGUUCUCUACAGAUUUGAUCAAGGCAGUCCGCCUCAGAUCAAACAAGAGAGGUCGCCGAAUCGCUUUCCUGGAGUUCUUCCGUGCUGCAGAUGCUGCGGACUUCCUUGAGCAACACCCGCCCACAAUCUCACUUCCUCUUCCUGAGUCGAGAGGCCUCCAGUCCGAGCCGGUCAGGGUGGGCAUCAAUUAUAGUCGGACGAAGGAGGAUGCCGACCGCGGAGGCAGGUCCGAUGACCUGGACUGGACAUGCAGCGAGGGCUCCAAGGCCAGGCAAGUGGCACUUGCAGGCACCUUCGGCUCAUGCUCUUACUCUAACCUAUAUUUUGCAGACCGUGAACUUCAGUAUGGCAACGGUGGUGGGCUCUUGGGCCUCGCUCGGGAUCAGAUUUUAACGGGCGAAUCGGAUGAGGAGCCUCAACAACUUCCUUCUCAGUAUAUCGUGAUCCGAGAUCUCGAGCCCUCAGUCACUGAAGAGACAUUGGCAAAGGGCGUCAUGAAGCUGUUCGUUGAGGACAGCUCACCCGCCAAGGACUCGACCUCGGCACCACCGAAGCUAAAGUCUACUGCUCCCGUCGGCAACACGACAGGCCUUGGAGCGCGGCCUGGCUCUCUCCGACGGGUCUUUUUAAUUCGUGAUCGAGCCUCCAAAGAGUCCUGGAAGUACGGCUUUGCGGAAUUUGCAACCCUCGAUGAUGCACAUGGUGCUGUUUCCAAGUAUCGCGCUUCUCCCAAGUUCACGAUCGCUUCCAAGCCUGUAAUCGUGGCCUUCAUACACACGGGUGUCUUUGUCCCAGUGUUUGAGCCUUUGACAUCACGAAACGCGCACAUUGGAUUUGCUCCCAUAUACAACCCAUCUAUUACAGUCAAGUACUGGGAUGAUCGAGCAUAUCCGAGCCCAUUCAUCGUCUCUGAUGAACCUCUCCCUGACCAGGGCAGUCCGGAAAAGGCUGCCGAUGCCGACAAAACCGCAGUGGCCCCAGGCUCAGCCGCGUCCGAUGCAAACAAGAAGCUCAAGAAGGCCAAGGACAAGCCGGCCAUCAUGGCACCUCAAAUGCAGAUGUGGGCGAAGAAACGCGCCGAACUCCAUGGAGGGCCUAAACCCGCCACCACAGGGCAGGAUGAUGAUGCUAUGGAUUACUCCCUCGACCGCGAAAAUAGCGGGCCGCGAGCUGCUCACUGGCGGGAUACAUUUGUCUCAUAUGCAGACAGAGACAGUAUUCAUUGUCAUCUCUGCGCCAAGAAGUUCAAUACGGAACAGGAGCUGCGAGACCACGAAGUUCUCUCGAAGCAACAUCUGCUCAAUCUCGACAACAUCGAUUUGAAGAUCAAGGCCACAGAAAAGCUGAAGGAGCUUGACAAACAGUGCGACACGAUCACCCGAAGGACACCUCGCGAUCGUACGGCUCAAGCUCCAUCCUAUUUGUCCUACGCCGAUAAAGAGAACUUGGUCUGCCUCGUCUGCGAGCGCAAAUUCAAGCGGCUUGCCACACUUCGCCUGCACGAGAGAGAAAGCGAACUUCACCGGAUCAAGAGCGGGAACGAGAAAAAUGUGAACCGGGCAGUCGCAGAGUUGGCGAAGCUGGGCCAACGGCCUAUGCGGCUCAGGGCCAAGCAAGCCGCCAACCAGAGCUCAUAUCGGGACAGGGCUCGGGAAAGAAGAGUGGCAUUUAACCAACCGAAGCGGCCCAGCGGACCGCAGGCGGCGAAGACGUCCGCGGGCAGAGACGGUGAAGCAGCAACGCCGAAGAAGCCAGCCAAUACUCCUGCGCCUGCACCGUCGAAGGGUGCGGCCCUGCUGGGCAAGAUGGGCUGGUCGGCUGGCCAAGGCCUGGGGUCGGAAGGCACAGGCAGGACCGAGGCGAUUCAGACCGACCUGUACAUGCCAGGAGUUGGCUUGGGUGCGGAGGGUGGUAAAUUAGGGGACGCGGCAGAAGAAGCGGCUCGCAAGACUGAGGGCCAGUAUUCUUCGUUUAUCGAAAAGACAAAGGAUAAGGCGCGCGAGCGGUUUGAGAAAUUAUCAUGA